AUGUAUCCUGGACAUGGACAGCGACAGCCUAGUAGGGCUCCCAAUGACCUGCAAAACCAGUUUAAUCCAGCGAUACACCAUGGAACUGAGCCGGAGCCUUACAGUAACCAGUUCAAUCCUGGAGAUUCCUCCCUCAGCCUUCCGAACCAUGGCUUGCCCCGGCGUGACGAAUGUUUUAGUGCUGGGAUGGGGGGACAACAGGAUGGACCUGUUGCACAAACCCCUGCGCCUGGAUCCUUUCAGCGGCACCUGCAGGAUGCUCCACUGUAUCCCUACCGAGCUGCAGUGACUCUGCAUGCUGGAGGAACAUCGCACCUAGGUCAGACUCUGACACCAUUCACUGGAAGCCAGCCGUCAUCUCGAGGACAGUCCGUGGGUCCAGUGACGCAGCACGGGACUCCAUUGGAUGGCUAUACUCAGCCCCAGAACUACGGCAACCAAUCAUUCUAUUCAAUGCAUCAGCGUCAAAUGGGACAUCAUAGCGGCACACCUCAUAAUGAUCUUGAUACCCCCGUAGAUCACUCGUCCUUGAAUUCAACUGUAGCUCGUCUUGUAUCUGAAGUGCAAAACCUGAAGGACGUCACUCAGAACCUGCUGUUUUCCAAUAAUGAGCUUCAGCAAUCAAACGACUCACUCAAGGCAUGCAUUCAGGUAAAUGAAGAAGCCGUCGAGGAGAUCUUGAAGACCAACAGCAACAGGAAAAAAGUUGGCAACAGAAACAUAUCGAAUUCACAUGCAGCCUUGAAACCAAUAAUCCACCCUUACUUUUUUGAACUUUGUGAUAUUAAUCCGUGCCUCAGCAAAUCAAAGCGCAUAAAGCUGUUGGGAGCUGUCAAACCUUUGGGUAAUGGGGAACCUCACGAGGCAGUAUCUACCAAGAUAGUUUGGCACCCGAACUGGCUUGGUAACGUUGAUGAUGAUGUCAACGCACUGUACAUCAAGGAGAUCGUCAACCUGGUAUGGGAAAAUGAGAAGGCACGCUGCGAGAAUCCUAACGCCAAGCAUGAGAUCGCUAAUGAAGACUAUGACCUCACUAUCAUCACCGAGUGCGUGAAAACGUACUUUCGAAACAUUCAUAAGCAAGCAAGCAACCAGGUCAACGACGAUAAGGCAGCCAAAGCUCUGGAACGCAAAGAUAGAUUGCGACAGCAUUCACGUCGUCAAGCACUGCGUUGA